AUGGUUGACUACGUCUCACUCAUCGUAUCUAUCAUCUCUCUCAUCUCGGCGGCCUUAGCAGCUAGUAUCGCAAGCUGGGGACACAUCUACUCCUCCAAACGCGCACGCGUUGCCGAUGCCCGCAAAAUCGUCGAUAAGUAUCGCAACCCGUUGUUCAUUGCCGCCCUAGACCUUCAAUGCAACUUAUACCACCUCGCUCAAAACGAAAUUACACCCGAACCGGCGCAGUCGAUGUACACUUGCUUUGUAGUCGGACAAUACCUUUCCUGGUGGCAUAUCCUUCGACGUCAAGCGAAGUUUCUAUGCUCCUGCACUGAUGAGGUCAACGGACUCUUGAUCGAAAAGCUAUAUAAGAUCGAGGAAGAGUUUUUUGAUGACAAUUAUGGCAAGCCAUUUAUACUCUGGAAAUAUCAGCAGAUAGGUAUUGGAGAGGAAAUGACAGCUGAACGCGAUGAAGAUAAGGAAGUGUUUUGUAAGGGCUAUGCGACCUUUAAAAAAUUGUGGGAGGCGGAGGAGGCGGAGGAGGCGGAGGAGGCGGAGGUGAAGCAGGCGAAGGGCUCUUUUCGUCCAUGGUUUACGACCAUUAAAGAUGGCGUUGAGUUGCUUACACCACAUUCUAGGAACGACUCUACUGCUCUGAAGCACCACCUUCAACGCUUGCAGCACUUGCUACUUGACUUAAUGGCUGUUCUAUACAUCGAGCAAUUGGACGAGAAAUCCGGCGUGAAAAGAUUCAAGAGGGAACGGAGGACAGCUGGUGGAGGCGUGUGA